AGCGCCCCGCCGCUCCAUGGAGUGCGCGCCGGCCGCGGCUUCCUGAGCGCGGACGCCAGCGCCGUCCAAACUGCGCGCUGGGGUCCCCCGGCUCAGCCCCGCUCGGGGCGUCGGAGAGGUCGGGGGAGAGCGCACCAUGAAGUCUGUGCUGUUCAGCCGCUUCUUCAUCCUCCUGCCCUGGAUCCUGAUCGUCAUCAUCAUGCUCGACGUGGACACGCGCAGGCCCGCGCCCCCGCUCACCCCGCGCCCCUACUUCGCGCCCUACUCCGGGGGCCGCGGGGGCGCCCGGCUCCCGCUCCGCCGGGGCGGCCCGGGGCGCGGCCGGGAGCCACGCAACGAAUCGUGGCCGCGGCCGCCGCCGCCGCCGCCCGAGCCGCCGCUGCCUACCAUCUAUGCCAUCACGCCCACCUACAGCCGCCCGGUGCAGAAGGCCGAGCUGACCCGCCUGGCCAACACAUUCCGCCAGGUGGCGCAGCUGCACUGGAUCCUGGUGGAGGACGCGGCGGCGCGCAGCGAGCUGGUGAGCCGCUUCCUGGCGCGCGCGGGGCUGCCCAGCACUCACCUGCACGUCCCCACGCCCCGGCGCUACAAGCGGCCCGGGCUGCCGCGCGCUACCGAGCAGCGCAACGCAGGCCUCGCCUGGCUGCGCCAGAGGCACGGGCACCAGCGCGCGCAGCCGGGCGUGCUCUUCUUCGCCGACGACGACAACACCUACAGUCUGGAGCUCUUCCAGGAGCCCGAGGUUAUCAGCAGUACUGCCGGGUUCCUUCUCCUGCCCUUCUCGAGGCCCCUCUUUGGCCACUUUUGCACCGGCCAUUGCUGCUUGGUCCUCGCCGUGAGGUCCCCAGCGCAGCCUGGCCCGCUGGUGCUGGGAUGGCACAGUGUCCCUUGGAGCCCAGAGCCGCCUGAAGCCAGCAGGCACCGGGUUGGAACACGCGUUCGUCCCUGAGGCUGCUGCUUUGCAGCCUGAGUGUGUGCGCAUGCGUGUGCGUUCUGCAAAUGAGGCUGGGUUGCCUGGUUUUGACAGUUUUCUUGUUCCUCCUCCACAAAUAUAGCGGGAAAAGACCUUGGACUUUUUGACAUGCCUUGCGACUGUUGCCUUCCUCUUCCCCAAGUCCCCGACAUCCUGACUCUGAGACUCCAUCAUCCCUUCCCUUCCCCUAAGUAAACUGGGCGAUCUGUAUGUUUAGACAUCCCCCGGUGGUGCUAGUGAUAAAGAUCCCGCCUGCCAAUGCUGGAGGCAUAAGAGAGGCGGAUUUGAUCCCUGGGCCAGGAAGAUCCCCUGGAGGAGGGCAUGGCAACCCACUCCAGUAUUUUUGCCUGGAGCAUCCCAUGGACAGAGGAACCUGGCGGGCUACAGUCCACAGGAUCGCACGGAGUCGGACAGGACUGAAGCGACUUAGCACACUCUUCACAGAAAUCACAAACGUCCGAUGCUUUCAUCCUAAUAUCUCAAUUUGGCUUUCAUAACCUCAGGAUAGAGCUAUUCAGUGUCUCUCCAGCUUCAUUUUUCUGCCUGUGUGGCUUUAAAAAUCCAUUUCUUGGGGGCAAUUGUUGCCUUCAUUUCUGUCCAUCCUCUCUUGCUUCUUGAAUAAAAGGACCAGUAAUUGUU